GGGGACGUUUAAGGACACGCAAGUCUCAUCGAAAGCAUCCAUAGAAUGAAUGAAUGGCUGGCUGCAUCCAAAAAUACUCGUUGUGGCGCUGUGCGGACGAAGUCACCACUGAAUGACGACAUGGAUGGAUAAAGAGCACCACCUCACCCACACCAACACACACUCAUCCGCCAUGCAUACACGCAAGAAAGUGAAGUUAAGUCCGCCCAGCAAAGCAUCAUGUGACAUCAAAGAAAACCUCAUUGCUAUCUUCGGCUUUGUGCGGUUGUUGCCUAUCGUCCUCACUGCCGCAUGUGUCGUCACUGGGCGGUGCUGCCGCGGGCUCACUAGUGCCAUCAGGCCGGCCGGAAGUCUCCCGCUCGAAGAUCGUCGGCAGCACCGUCACGCGGCUGCCACUGCGGACCGCUGCACACACACAGGGAGAGAGAGAGGGAUGACACCAGCCAUGUGUAUUUGUGUGUGUAGAGGGAGGGAGUACUCACUUCGGGAGCUUCUGGAUGUCUUGGUCUGGUAGGUAAACAGCGACAUAGCCCGACGGCGGCCGGGCAUCCUGUCGGCCCGAGCACGGAACCGCGCCUCAUACCACAAAGAGCCCUCCACCUCCCCCGAUGAGCUCUCCCUCCCUCCAUCGAGCAAGGGGCCACGUCGACCGAACAGCGGCACCAGCGGCACAGAGAGAUCGCUGGCCGACAGCUGCAGCGGCCUUUGGUGGCGCACGGGUGAUGACGAUAGAGGUACAGUCGGCUGCAUCAUAGUCGACACUGGCCGGUCUCUCUCUCGGCCGUUGUCGGGGAGGCCGAGGGGCCCAUGGGGCGAAUGGUCAUCGGUUUUGACACCAGCAGGCGGCAUCAGAAAGGAGUCCCCCACCGAGCUCUUGUCCUCUCCACUCGUGUGCUGCUGCUGCUGCUGGAUGAGGGCCGGGGCCGCCGGGCCAGCCACUGUCGCAGCACCAGCCACAGCGACGGCAGGCUCGGAAGCGGCCUUCUCGGUCAGCGAUGCCGUGUCGUCGUCACCGAGCCCACCAAUCUCUGAUGCAGUGGCUGUUGCACUGGCAGCAAGGCCGUGUGGUGGGUGCUGUGGCGGUGGUGCUGCCGAUGGGACGUCUUCACAGAGAUAAGGAUCUGCACCGUCACCAGCCGCAGCACCAGCAGCAGCAGGGGAGGGAGAGGGGGACGGCGUCAUGGUGACCGUGACAUCGACAUUGACUCUUGGUGGCUGUUGUGGGGCUGCUGGUGGCUGUGGUGGUGGUGGUGCUGAUUCUGCUGUCGUUGUGUUGCCGCUGUCGUUGUCGGUGUGCUGCUGUGAUGACUGUGCUGGCGGCUGCGACGGGGCGAUGAGGCUCUUGAAGGAGAGGAAUGGGGGCUUGGUCGAAUGCAGCUCGCUGAAGCCCAACACUGACAUACCGACACGACACACACAACAAACACGACACACACAACACAUGCACUCGUGCGCCCCGUGUGUGUGCCCAGCCGCAUACCGGCCACGCCGGGGUCCUCGUCAUCGCCCGCAAUAACGACCCUUCCCAUCAGCUCGCAGCCAUCACGCUGACGGAACAACCUACACACACAAAGACAGAGAUAUAGAUCGGUGGAUCGGAUGGACUCCCUCACUCACCUGAUCGCUCGUGAGAUGGGACUUUGCGCGCCGGUCGCCUUCAGCAGAUCACGCACAUCUGCACACAUCCACAGACAGACAGACAGACAGACAGCACAGCCAUCUCUCUCUCUCUCUCUAUGUAUGUGUGUGUGCGAAUGUCAGACCGUCAUGGUGAAUCGCGGCGUGCAUGGGCAUCCCCUCAAUGAUGAUGGGGUUCCACAGCCUCAGCGGCGUCGACACGCUGAUCCACUGGCCCUCAACCAGAUCCACCACCGCUGUCGCAUCAAAAUGCGCAUCUGAAUGGACACACAAACAAAUGGAUUGUACUUCCCUCUCUCGCUAUCCCUGUGUGUGGUGGGCGGGGGAGGAUGUGGAUGGCUGGACUGACCGACGAGUGUCUGCAGGCGGAUUCUAACACGAUCGGACUCCUCGACCUUUAGACGGUCCUCUGACACAUCCUGAACACACACACGCAUUGAGGUAUGUUCGGGCUCUUUGGUGGGUGGCUGACCUUGAUGUAUCCCCGUACGACUCUGCUCUUGGCCGAGGUCUUCAUGGCGCCCACCUGGAACCAACGGACCUCGCUGCACUCAUGAAGGACAACACGCACACAUGGAUGGAUGUGUAUGCAGCAGCCGUUCUGUCCAUCGGCUAAUGCUGACUGACCCGUCCGGCCUCUCGUAAAGCACCUGACACAGACACACAGAGAGAUGGAUGGAAUGAAGAUGUGCGCGCGUGUGUGCCUGUUUACUUACCAGUCUUUCGAAAUGGUCGAGCUUCCCUGCACACGAAUGGAUGGACAACACACACGCGACACACACACAAAGACGAAACACGGCAUACGACCGCCAUGUGUGUGCCUGCCAGUGGUUCAAUCACCCACUCACCGUCAGCACACUGCAGUAUCUGGUCCUCCAACUCUUUCCGCAGACUCUCAGGACGCACCUGAACACACACCGACCCAAACACCCACACAUACAGGUGCAUCCACCCUCUCUCCCUCGCUCUCUGCGGGCGUACGUGGCGCGUCCAGAACUGGUCAAGCGGGGCAUUCCUGUCCAUCUGUGUCUGUGUCGGUGCUGGCUGCUGUGCCGCUGUUGAUGGAUGGAGAGGCAGAGGGAGGGGGAUUGUCUGCUGUGGAUAUGUCUGGGUAUCAGAGGUGCCCGGGCUGCUGCUCGAGGCGGCCUCGUCCCAAGUCUUGAAGAGGAGGUCUGAGUGGCGGUCGCUGUCACUAUCAUGCACACACAGACACAGAGAGAGAAGAGAUGGCCAUACGCUCAUUGUUGUGUGUGUCGUUGUGGGUGCACCUGCUGUCGCGGUCUUCAUGGGUCAUGAAGUACCUUCACACACAUCACCACACACAGACAAACAGACGUCCCUCUCUCCCUCUGUGUCUUAGGGUACCGACCAGUAGUAGUGUUGCAGCUGUCUGUCGGCCUCCUCGUUGCUCUUUUCGGCUUCACGCAGAGUCGCCAGCCUACACACACACACACACACGCACACAGAGGGAGAGAGAAAGGCAUGCAGACACAUGGAUGGAUGGAUCGAACCCCCCAGACACACGUGACUAACCUCCGCUGCACUGUGUCCAAGUCUGCCCUCAGCCUCUCCAGGUCAUCCGCACCUUCACCACCGCCACCACCUUCAUUCUCAACGCCGCUGCUGCUGCUGAAAUAGUUGAACGACUCAUUCAGCUCCCUCAGCAGCUCAGUGUUGCCAAUGGGCAGGUCGUCAUCCGUCGAGUCGGACCGUUUGUCGCGCAGCGCCACGGCAACACUCUUUGAGAGAGAGGGGGGCGGGAGGGGAGGGAGAGGCGGGAGGAGGUGCAUCUCUCGGCUGCCUAACUGCUCCAAUGCUGCACAGACACGCACAAAGAGAGAUAGGGAGAGAGAGUGGCUGUGUGUCUGAUUGACUUACGGACCUUCCCUGUGGAUCAUCGGGACGAAGGAAGCGGCACUCGGACUUGGACUGAGGCUCAGGCUGAGCGAGGCCUGUGAGGCCUGUGAAGGCUGUGCCCUCACACCCACACCCACACCGCCACCCCCUGACACGCCUGAGACGCCUGAUGUGCCGGUCCCCUCGUUGCUGCUGCUCCUGGUGUCGUCCACAACGUCCUGAAACAGCUCCUCGUCAUCUCCGCCACCCCCACCUUCACCACCAUUUGGCACUGGGGCCUCCAAUACACCACUAGCAGCAGCAGCAGCAGCAAAGGGCGCCUCCUACACGCACACACACACACAGAGAGAGGGGAGGGGGGGGGAAUGAGCCUCCACACACCAUGUGUGCCAUCCACUUAUCCAUCAUCACCUCUUGCUGCUGCUGUUGCUGCUGCUGCUUCUGCUGCUGUGGUUGGGGAGGCUGUCUCUCCCUCUCCCUGUCCCUCACUUUGUCUUCAGCGCCCGACGAGACCUUCCUCCCAGUGAGUGUCUCCACCACCUUUGUCUGGUAGGCUGACGAGACCGACAUGCGUGUGUCCCACUCCCACGCCGAGAUGCCCACCUGCACGCAUAUGGGGAAACGGAUGGAUAGCGGGCCGCUCGCUGCACGGUUCUCUCCCUCUCUCUCCCUCUCUCUCUCUCUGUGUGUGUGUGUGUUUGCGUGAGGGUAAGGCUGACCAUCUCGGCAAAGCGCUCGAGCAGCGUUCGUAUCCUGUGCACCUGGAUCACUGACACACGCACACACACGGAGAGGGAAAUGGCAAGGACGGUGCAUAUGUGCGCAUGGGUGGCUGCACUUGCCUCGUCUCGAGUGGUCGUGUAUGGUCAGUUUCCUGCGGAAAUCGGCGAAAAGGGCGCGCUUCUCGGUCUCGCGCAGCAGCCUCUCCCUCUCCUACACACACGCAGCAGCAUCGUUGAGAGGAUACACACUCACACACGUGUGUGUGGUGUUGUUUGCUUAGUGUCCUACUCGCAGGCGUGAGAGCAGCAUGAGCUCAGCUUCCAGCUGCCGGACGUCCCACUCCUACACACACACAUCCACCAGACACAGAGAUAGAGAGACGGCAGGCCCCCUUCCCCUGUCUCUCUCUCUCUCUCUGUGCUCGCGCACUGACCGAGACUUGCAGCGCGAAAAGGAAAGCCGCGUUUGUGCUCUUGACGAAGGAAUCACCUGAACCACAGCACACCCACAGACAGAGAGAGAGGGGGCAGGAGCUCACACGCACUUUCCAUCUCUCUCUCUCUCUCUGUGUGUGUGUGUAUGCCGCCCGACCGAAUGUGUAGAGCACUUGCUCGAGGAACGGGGAGCCGGUGUCGAGCAGCGCAAGAGUGAAGGGCACGCCGUACGCCAUAUUCAGGAUCACAUUGAACCUACGCACACAGACACACACAGAGAGAGAUAUGGGAGACCAGCUCCACUGUGUUGGUUUAAUUACCACAGCAGGCAGUCCUUGACAGUGUCCAGAGAAGGGUCUCUGCAGGAGUGCAGCAAACAAAGCCCAUCCCUCCGUGUGUGUGUGUGUUUUGUGUGCGUACUUUCCCCGCCAUUUGUCGUAGUGUGGGAAGGCGAGGCACUGCAGCGACGAUAUCGCCCAGCCAAUCUGACGACACACAAACACACCCACGCAGCAAAUAGAGGAAGACACAGAGAGAGAGGGUGCAUUUGAGCCGGCUCUCUCUCUCUCUCUCUCUCUGUGUGUGUGUGUGUGUGUGUUUGUUUGUUUUCUGACCCAGGUGAUCCACCAAUAUAUCCACCUCACGUAGAACGAGUCGCAAAUGCUAACUCACACACACGCAGAGGGGGAUGCAUGUGCGUCCGUGUGUGUGCGUGUGCGGCUGUGAUGUUACCCACCAGGCCCAGAAGGCCACAAGGCAAUAAAAAGAGGUGAUCAUCGCUGGCAGCUGAGCACGCACACACAGAGGAGAGAGAGAUUCACAAAAACAGUUCUGAGAGCAGUGCAACAAUACCAAAGCAGUGCUCCUGGGAGUGUUGUAGAGCAUCCUGCCUUCGAUGUAGAUCUGACACCAACCCGCCCACACACACAUGCACGCACAGCCAUCCAUCCACACAUCCAUGUGGUGUGCACGUACCAGUGCGGGCACAGCGAUCACCCACUCCAUUAUCCUCUGCACACAAACACACAAAGAGUCACCCACGCACCUCUCUCUCUCUCUCUCUCUGUGUGUGUGUGUGUGUGUGUGUGAUGGGGCGAGGGGGAAGGCUACGUACCAUUGCUGGGAUCGGUCUUGGGUGUGGGUUGAGGGACAUCACAAACACAGGAGUGGCCUCCAGCCUUUGUAUGGGUGGCAACGCAACACACACAACACAGACGAACACGUCAGAGAAAGGCCGGCCGUGUGUCCGUGUGUGAGAGAUAGUCAUUCUGCUUACCACAUGGCUAUAUAGGUGACUGUCAGCACAAACAGGAUAAACAGCAUCACACCUGCUCACACAUCCAUCGAAAAACACACACACAUAUCCACCCCUGCCUCUCUCUGUGUGUGCGUGUGUGGGAGCAGAUCACACAUACCGGCGCUCUUAAGCUUCCAGUGCAUCCUCGACACCCACAGCGGCGACCGGAACAGGCCCUCCUCAUCCCGAUCCCUGUCAGAGGUGCCCUCGCUGCCACCGCCUCCACCUCCCUCCUGCUGCUGGUGCAGCUGCUGCAGCCGCGCCUUGAGAGUCGAGGCCCUCUCGUGUCUGUGCAGCUGGUAGAAGGCUAUCACCACGAGGCCCAGCUCUAUGAACAGGAGGUUGAACACACCUGAAGCGACAUACACACACAGAGAGGGAGAGGCAGGAAGACGCCGUGAGUGCAUUGCUUCUCUUUGCUAUGCUGCUCACGCACCCCACGAGCCGACAGCAAAGAUCUCGGUGAGCUCCUUGUCCUGCGCUUUGAACCGCGGAUACUCAUCCUGGUCGUAGAAAAAGAGAUGAGCCGUCUGCACACACACACAGGCACAGAAAGAGAGAGAGAGAGAGUGAAUCAAAUCAAUGAAUGAAUCAAUGACUCAUUCUCAUCAUUGCGUACGAGGAACAGGAAGAAAAGCGAGUACAGCAGGAUCAGAUCCAGGUCAUUGCGGAGCAUCGCUGCACCAAUCAUCUCACCACCAUCACUCCACAAGGCUCACUGCG